GUCAAGCACUCACAGCACGAGCGCACUGCUCACACUGUGCAGCCACCGACCCAGUUAGUGGAGAAGGUCGGCCCUAACGCACAUUGUUGCCUGCUGUCUGGGAUGUAGCUCGCUAAGUUCGCGGAUUGUUCUAUGUUGAUACCGUAAGUUGAUUCAGUUAGGCUGCCGGAUUGGCUUGCCAUAAAAUUGCAACAUGAUGAUGAUGCUCAACAAAGCUUCCUUUCUGUUUACAAUCGUGUGGUACUGUGUGACACACGGUAUCGCUUCCGGCUGGCUCAUGUCAGGUUGGUGGACCCCCUGCUACACCGACCCUCCCAUUGGCUGCUUCCCCACCAGUUACCCCUACAACAACACGGGCGGCAUGUCCCCACAGAGCCCCUACGCCAUCAAUGUUUACUUCCGGCUGCACAACCGAAACCGGAACAUAGUGUUCAACCUAAACAACGUUCGCCAGGAAACAGCAGACGUCUUCAAUCCUGCCCUGAAAACAGUCUUCAUCAUCCACGGCUAUUUUGAACACGGCAACAUCUCAUGGAUUCUGAACAUGGUGAACGAACUACGAAACAAGGGUGAUUUGAACGUGGUCGUUGUGGAUUGGUCAGGAGGAGCGUCCAGCUUGAUCUACCACCAGAGUGUGGCCAACACACGGGUCGUUGGGGCCGUGUUGGCGUUGUUGUUGCAGGAGAUGAUCGCCCUUGGCGCCAGACCGUCUCAGUUCCACCUGAUUGGUUUCAGCCUCGGUGCUCACGUGGCCGGCUAUACGGGUCAGAUUGUCAGUGGAGUGGCUAGAAUUACAGGGUUGGACCCAGCGGGGCCGAGCUUUAAGGACACGCCCCCCGAGGUUCACCUGGAUCCCAGCGACGCUCGGGUCGUGGACGUCAUUCACACAGACACCGGCUCGUCCUUGAGCAUGGGUGCGAGACAGCCAAUGGGGACGUUGGAUUUCUACCCCAACGGUGGGGACAGCCAACCAGGGUGCUCGACGAAUUUGUUUGACCUCAUUUCUGCCGUCAUGUUCAACUUUGAUCGCGGUACUCUCGCCUGUUCCCAUCUGCGAGCUGUCCACCUUUUCACCUCCACGAUAAACAAUAACUGCUCCUUCCCCACUGAGCGAUGCGCGUCAUCGUCGCCAUGGCAACACUGCGCGCCGUGCGACGUUGACCAGUGCCCCCAGAUGGGCUACAACCUGGACACGCCCACAGCUGACGGGGCGGGGUUUGUCUACAAGCCCACGACGUCCGGUCAGCCCCCGUUCUGUAGUAAUAAAUAACAUCACAACCUU